AUGUCGGCAGCACAAGCAGUCUUCGACACGAGCGAGCUCUUCGAGGCCAUUCUUUUGAAGAUUCCACUGCAGACGCUUCUGCUAUCACAGCGAAAGAAGUUGUUCAUGCUUCCUGUGUCGACGACCGAAGAAGCAUUCGCGGUCGGCUGUGGCAUCUCUGACCGUCCGAGCGUGUACGUGCGAGACCUUAGCCGGUAUCGCUACCUCAAUUCUCUGGUAGUCGACACUGGAUGCAAGAGCAGGCUGUAUGUCAAUCUAAAUCAAUGGAUGAACAUGCUCGGCCAUCAAGGAGGUGAGAAGACGCUGCAGUCCGAGCUCUCGGGCCUCAAGCGGUCUCAGGGCAAUCGCACAACAUCAGCCCUGAAAUCCACCAAAGCGAAGAACAUCACGCCAGCGAAGACGAAGAAGGACAAGCUCGCGAAGAUCGGCUCAAUCCAACCAGUUGCCAAACCAGUAACGCCGUCAUGGACUCGAAUGCCCCUGACUCAACCCCCACUGGAACAUGAAGAUUACACAUUUGGGGUAGUUGGAUUGGCUGUCGAUAUGCCUCGCAAGGAUCUCUUGCAAGGUAAAUUGUUUUUGGGGGAGAUUGUGAUGGAGGCGUACAAGUCGAAUGCCUGGAGUAUUCCACGGCCAUCUGACCGCCUUAAUAUUCGACUUCCCGCCAUCUCGAUGACAACCCGGAUUUUCGAGAAGCUCAGGCACGAAGAGCUUGCGGACAAGGAGAAUGAACGAUUGCGCCCGUAG